AUGUACUCUCAUCAAGGUAGAAGGGCCUCGCGCGCCUGCGUGUCCUGCCACCAGCGGAAGCUACGCUGUGACGCAUCUUUUCGCGGAUGUCCCUGCACAAGAUGUCUACAAGAUGGAAAAGAUACUUGUAUUCUUCGUGAGAAGCUGCCUCGCUUGUCAGUUCCCCGGCCCGAGUUUUCCAUUUCUCGUACCGAGCGUAAUCGUCUCCGGUAUCCCACCAUAGCCCUGGCUGACCUCUGGAGCAGCUCGCGGAAUGUUCAUCAGAAUGUCCUUACAAGCCCACUUACCGCUGAUGACCGCCGGAGUGUGCAGACUGACGAAGACCGCACAAGAGGUGCAUCACCACCCGGCAGCGUCGAGUUCUCCCAAUACUCGUUUCUGGAACUGAACAAUAUCAAAGCACUCGAUAUAGAAGACGUCGCUUAUUUACGAUCAAAAGGAUGCCUCUCCGUUCCCGACCAGCCCGUUCUCGAAAAGUUCGUAAGCCAGUUCUUCCUACACAUUCACCCCGAAACGCCGGUGUUGGACGAAGCUCAGUUCUGGCGUCUAUAUCUGCAAGCUGGCACUGGUGCAACAAGCCCCGAGCAGAAAAUAUCACUCUUUGUCUUCCACGCUAUGUUAUUCAACGCAGUUUCUUAUGUGUCUCUCGAGAGCAUCAAUCGGUGCGGUUUCACCGAUAAAGAGACCGCAAGGGCGUCAUUUUACAAUCGUGCAAAGUUAUUGUUCGAUCUCAGAGCAGAGAACUCACCUCUCAACAAGGCCCAGGGUGCGGUCCUCCUGUCGCAUCAAGUUUCCCCCGACGACCCCCAGACUGGCAGCCUAUGGCUCGUCUACGCAACACAGAACACUGUGAUUCUCGGGCAACAGCCGGUGUCAUUUGCUGGGGACCUUCAGGAUUCGAUGAAGAAGCGGCUAUGGUGGUCUAUCCUUCUUCGCGAUAGGUGUCUCUGCCUUGGACUGCGGCGCCGCACUCAGAUCGCCUCGAAGCAUUUCAACGCAGAGACAAACUACCUUGAGGAGGCCGAUUUUGCGGACGAGAUUUCUCAUUCAAAUGUGUAUGACAAGGCCUCGAAGAAGAUUCUUUUUGAAACGCUGCAGCACCAGUGUCGAUUGGCGGUUCUGGUAACUGAUAUGACAACGUUUAUGUUCACCACGAACGGCGUGUCGUCACCGUCUCUAUCCUUCAAAGCUUUCCAGUCACAUCGAUGCGAAAUAAAAAGGCUACGAAACGAGCUUUUACAGUGGGAGAGGAGAUUCGCGCCGCCGCAGAGGCUGCCUAGUGGCUCAGCUCUACCCCGGUCUGUUACAACCUUCAUCAAGGUGACCUAUAUGUACUACUAUGCGGCGCAAUCCAAUCUAUCUCAUUAUGAAGCACUGAUCGUAGAGAGCCAUUCAGACUUUGCAGGCAAAAACUACAACAGCCAAUUACUCGAAUGCGGCACAUUUCUCAAGGAUGCCGUCGCUAGCCUGACUGAAACCAUGGAGUAUUUCAGCGACUGCCAGAAAGUGGAAAACAUCCCACUAUGCACUCUCGCAUUUGUUGCCACUCCGCUAGUCAAUGCUGCCCUCGACGUCAAGCUCGCUAGGUCGUAUGAGGAGAUGGCUGCCCGUAGGCGACAUGUAGACCUUCUUGCAGAUAUCUAUCGCCGACUCGCACUGAUCUACAAUGUCACCAACUACGUCGCCGUCGGGACAAAUCAGAUCCUGAAGCUUGUUUACAGUUUAUCUCGGGAGCUACUACUCAGGGACGACCAGUCUCACGCGUCGACCGUCCGGUCCGCAAAGGCUCCCGGAAACAAUGUCAAGAUGAAUCUGACCGACCGCAUAACGAACUGGGUCGACGUGUUUGUCUACUACCCCCGAGCUUAUCUCUUGAUCUCUACUUCAGUCGACUACAGUCUCUCCGUUGGCCGCCUCCCCCAUGAUAAUGAUAUUCCUGAAUUUCUUCGCAAUAUACUGCCGGAUACUCCAAAGAUCACGCUGCCAUGGAUGGCGAAAGCAGACCUGAUAAAUCCGACAAACGCGGCUGGGCCAGACUUCUGGUGCCCAUCAUAUUGCGCACCUGCACGGCCACUGUCUGUCAUUCGACCGCAGAAUGACGGAUUGACUCUGCAUAAUUCUAUGGGAGACGGAUCAAUGGUAGGAAUAUGCAAGCCUCCUCUCCAGCUUCAGACCAUGCCUGGAACGUUAUGGCAGGGCGGCGCUGGAUAUGAUAAUAUAUCCAACUAUCAGACCACACCAGUGACCUUCGAACAAGGGCCAAUCAACCUAGAUUUCCUGAACCCGACGCCUUCGACAGCUGUGCCAUUUUUCCAACAAACCGCCAGUCAGGCUAUGGGAUAUGGGCAGUAUGCACAGAUUGGGACUAUCCCAACACCGGUAAUGGGGAGUGAAAUAGGUGGACCUGAUGAUCUCGGCCAAGUAUACUUGAGAGACGACGACAGUAUCACGCCUAACCUGUGGGUACUUGACUACUAUAAUGAGACGGCCAGUAACGGCCCUUCAAUGUUCUAUUCCCUGACGUAUCCUCCACCUCCACACAACCCAAACGAAGAUCAGACCCAGAGAAAUGGCGGCUCGGUUUAA